ACUAUUAUUGUUUUCUUCACGACUCUCUAUACUAAUUUAAUUGUUCAUUCAAAAUCAGUAAUGGAGGAGGAUAACAGGCAUCCACUUCUCUCCAGAAGAGAAGAGGAAGAUCACCACCAAAGCUUAGGCGGUGGCUAUGGUGGUAAACCAAGAUCUACUUCGUUCACUUCCUCAUUCACCGCCGACGCCGACGACAUCGAGCCGAUUAACGAUGCCCGUAGUUUCUUCAAAGAAUUUUCUAUCGAAACAAAGAAGCUAUGGUACAUCGCCGGUCCCGCCAUUUUCACUUCUGUUUGUCAAUACUCCCUUGGCGCCAUCACUCAAGUGUUCUCCGGCCAUAUCGGCACUCUUGAACUCGCCGCCGUUUCUAUCCAGAACUUCGUCAUCUCUGGGUUCACCUUCGGCGUGUUGCUCGGAAUGGGGAGCGCAUUGGAAACGCUAUGCGGGCAAGCAUUUGGGGCCGGUCAGCUGAAUAUGAUGGGGAUCUAUAUGCAGAGAUCAUGGAUCGUCCUAAUCGUAACAGGCUUAAUACUGAGCUUGUUCUACAUAUUCGCGGAGCCGAUUUUGCUACUGAUAGGGCAGACGCCGGAGAUUUCGAAGGCGACUGGUGUUUUCUGUCUGUAUAUGGUUCCGGAGAUCUUCGCCUACGCGAUGAACUUUCCGAUUGCCAAGUUCUUACAAGCGCAGAGCAAGAUCAUGGUUAUGGCGGCAAUUGCGGCGAUUGCUCUGGUUCUCCACACGUUUUUCAGCUGGCUAUUUGUGCUGAAGCUGGGGUGGGGUUUGGUCGGAGCCGCCGUGGUGAUGAACACGUCGUGGUGGUUUAUAGUGGUGGCUCAGCUCCUUUACAUCUUCAGUGGGACUUGUGGUGAGGCUUGGUCUGGCUUUUCGUGGAAGGCCUUUCACAAUCUUUGGGGUUUUGUUAAACUAUCGCUCGCUUCCGCCAUAAUGCUUUGUUUGGAGCUAUGGUACUUUAUGGCACUUAUUAUCUUUGCUGGAUAUCUCAAGAAUGCACAAGUCUCUGUGGAUGCUAUGUCGAUAUGCAUGAACAUAUUAGACUGGACAAUCAUGGUAUCCGUAGGCAUGAAUGCAGCUAUUAGUGUGAGAAUAUCAAACGAGUUAGGGGCAGCUCACCCAAGAACAGCAAAAUUCUCAGUGGUGGUGGCUGUAGUAACUUCGUUUAUAUGUGGUCUUCUCCUAGCGCUUCUCCUCAUUGUCUCCAGGAAUCAAUAUCCCGCCAUAUUUUCCAUUGACACUCAAGUUCAGAAUGUAGUCAAGGAUCUCACACCAGUGCUUGCUGUCUCUAUUCUUAUCAACAACAUUCAACCCACACUCUCAGGGGUUGCCAUUGGAGCUGGAUGGCAAGCUGCAGUGGCUUACGUGAACAUUGCUUGCUAUUAUGUGUUUGGAAUCCCUUUGGGCCUAGUUUUGGGUUACAAACUCAACAUGGGUAUCACAGGAAUUUGGUAUGGAAUGCUGGCGGGAACUGUGCUGCAGACUGGUGUUAUAUUCUGGAUAGUGUAUAGAACCAAUUGGAACAAAGAGGCAUCUUUAGCUGGAGACAGAAUAAAGGAGUGGGGAGGCUAGUUACUAGAGAGCUAUGCAGACAAGAGUGAAAAGCUAUGUCAAAGAACGAGGAUGCGAAAUUAAUGUAGGAAGCAGCAGUUUCAUUAAUUUGUUUGAUAAAUUACAUUGGCAGUCUGGCCAUGUUGAGCCAAUUUUCUGCAACAAUUAGAAAUGAAUAAACAAUCUGCUCUUUAA